AUGGCUACCCCCAGUGUUCUUACCUUUGAUACUCAGGGUCGUGCUGUUGACUUUGAGGUCUGGGUCGAUGACCUCCAGCUGUUCCUCCAGUGCGAUAGGGCAGACGGCCUCUCCCUGUUCAACCUCACCUCUGGUGCCUCCCCUGCCCCGCCUGCCACUGCUGACAGCACUGUUUGCUCACAGUGGGCGACACCCGAUGCUGCUGCCCGUCUUGCUAUGCGUCGCCACUUACCGACCACUAAGCGGUCACACUUUAGCCAGUACAAGAGUGCUCAGACGUUGUACGACGCUGUAGUUGCACGCUACUCUUCCCCUACCACUGCUGCUCUUAGCCGCCUCAUCUUGCCGUACCUGUUCCCUGACCUUGCUGCCUUUCCCACAGUCGCUGACCUCAUUACGCACCUCCGCACUAGUGAGACUCGCUACCGCGCUGCGCUUCCCACUGAGUUCUGCGCCAAGAACCCCCCCCCCCCAUCGGGAGACGCCGCACCGGCAAGGGCAAGGGGGGCAAGGGAGCUGGAGGGGCUAGCGGGGGCCGUGGAGGUGGUGGUGGUGGCAGUGGAGGGGGUGGGGGUCGUGGUGGGAGUGGUGGCGGGGGUGGCGGCGGCGGUGGCAGCAGUGGAGGUGGAGGAGGCGGCGGUGGUGGCGGAGGGAGCGGAGGCGGCGGAGGUGGCGAAGGUGGCAGAGGUGGCGGAGGCGGCAGCGGCGGCGGCGGUAGAGCUGGUCGCGACUCUGCGCAGAGGAGUGGGUCCGGUGGUGGUCCACGCCAGCAGCGGCAGCGCAAUCGUGAGACCCUGUCCCCUCAGCAGCUUCGUGAGUGGUACGCUGCGCGUCAGCGCGGUGGGGGUACUGGUCCCUGCACUUAUGUCCUCCGUACCGGCGAUCGCGCUGGUGAGCAGUGCGGGCGCCCGCACUCCACCCAGCGCUGCUUCGGCCGCCUGA